CAUACACAAUAACCAAUAGGAAUACUUGCUUAUCAACUUGGGUAUAUAUAUAUAUAUGAAAACACUCAACUUAUUAUCUGCGAAAGUGGUGUCAAAUCCAAAUUCAUACACAGUAAAUAAUUAAUAUACAGUUGAAGAUAUCGGCGAUUUGCGGCUGAAUACUUCCAUCACCUAUAUUUAUUUGGUGGAGUGAUAUGCAUACACUGGUCCCACUUUGCCUCUCUCUUCACAUCCUUGAUCGUACAUGAAAUCUCUAUAUUGCCUACACAGACAAGUGUGCACACAUCUCAUGAGUAGGCAGUAUUCAUCAUCUCAUUGAACUGACGACGAUAAAAUCACGAGAAAAGCAUUUUCUCAUCAUGACAGUGUGUUUACAAAGGUGUUAUGUGUUCUGAGCUGGUCAAAUUUUAAAACACAACAAUCUCACUUACUUAAUUAUUCUUUAUUCCAUGAAAUAAUAAUGUCGCACACAUCCUUAACAUACAGAAAAAAUGUCAACAGAGGCGAUUUGAAACAACGCAUUUAUUUAAACAUUGUUUUGCAUCAAUCUGUCCUGCCGGUAUGCUACAGUGGACAAAUUGUAACCGGUUGUGUUGUCCUAGAGAGUAAAGAUGUGUUGAGUGUUCAAAUUCUACAAGUGGAACUGCUUGGCAGGGCAGUUGUGGUUGCACCUCAAAAGACAAAAUUAUCGAAACUGUCCUUCAGGGGAUGGACAAAAGAACGAAAAACAUUGCAGCGUAAUUUUUCAUCAUAUCAAGGCGUUGGUUGUGUUAUAUCCGGUAUAAAUGGACCAGUUGAUCCUGAACUGUUACAGAAUCGGCUCAAGUGUAAAUCAAUGAAAGGAUUUGAUAAGUUGAUUCCAGCAUUUCAAACUGUAAAUGAAGAGAUUUAUUGUUCAAUGAAUUGUGUUUUAAUCGGUGGAGUUGUACCCGGAAGCUGUGAACUAGUAUCGGCUGGGAAACGAUAUUAUUCAUUCGAAUUUGAAAUACCAGAGAGUUGUCCGUGUUCAUUCGUCGGAUCACGUGGUAGUAUUGAAUACAGACUGAGAGCUUAUUUAUUAUUGUCGAGUGGUGAUCAACUAUGCAUUGACAAAGGAUUAAAGGUUAUACGUAAAAUGAAUAUCAAUAAAAUGAUGAUAGCACCAGGAACAUUAGCCUGCCCACCAAUAAGCAGGAACUAUAUCAGCAGUUUUGAUCAGUUCACCUCGACAGGAAAUACUGUGAAAUUUUCAAAUCUAUCAAGGUCGCAGUCAAAGCUAUUCAAUUUAUCUAAAAAGGAUGCUGAAAAUAUUCUAGAUGAAUAUGAUAAUGGUGAUCAACAGUUAACUGAAAAGUGUUCAAUGCUAACAUCAACUUAUACAAGUGACUACAUCACAGAUCAUUUAUCCUCAUCAUACGGACCAAGCGCCUAUUCCAAUGCCGAUCUGAAUGAUACAAGUAAACUGAUGAAGCACUCCAUAGGAUCUUGUUUAAAUGAACCAAAAGAAAACAACAAUCCCUGCCUUGCAUCGGUGUUUUCACCUCAAGAUGAUAAUCAGUACACGAUAACAGAAAGAAGAGAUAAUUGUAGUUUAAAGACGGGGAGUAGAUUUUCGGCUAAUCUUACUUCAAAGACUAAAAAGUCUAUGCUGAGUUCAUCGCAUAAGACAACAUUAACUGUGCAAAGAUGCAGUGACAACCCGUACCCAUUGCCUUCUUCCUGGCUAUCUCAUCCCUACGGUUUAGGCUAUGGAAGUUAUCCGCGUACAUGCCUUGGUGCACAGACAGGCUAUCCAAUAUCCUGUAGAUUAACUGUCAGUCAACGACAAUUGAAUCCAGGCAGCCGGUUAACAGCCUGCCUAACUUUACUUGUAGAAGAUCCUUUUGCACUUUUGUUGGCUCCAUCUUUAAACAGCAACUCGCAUGAUUUGAAUUGGUGUGCUAAAUUCAACGCGAAUACUAAAUCAGGAACUAAAGGCUUAUGGAGUCCACUGGCGAGAGCAUUUGUUUCCUAUUAUUUAGAAGAUAGUGUUAGACAGAAUUUUGGUUAUGCAAAAAAGGAACUUAACAGAAUAUGGUGGUCAAGAUUUAUUAAACAACCGCAAAGGAUAUUUCUUAUUCUCCGACAGAUUACUACCUACAGAGACUGGACAAACUGUGUUAUUGCUCAGGAAGAACGUGAUGUCUACAGAGGAGAGAUGAGAAAGCGGUUAACAUCUGAAAAACACUUAUUAAGAGUUGUUCUAGAGCAUACCUUUCAUAUACCACCAUUACCACCGACCAGUUUAGAAGGUUGUUCAUGUAUUGACGUCGCGUACAGUCUUGGAUUGGUUAAUUUCAAGUUGAAAAAGCUGAAAACUCCACUGAAAUCAACGAAGUGGAUAUUGGAAAAUGAUGUCAACCAGGUUAUGCCGGAUAAAUGCGUAGAAUUUAUCUAUAUGCAUGAAACCUUCAACAGAGGUGUUGGCACCUACGAGACACUGUCGAAAAAGCCUCGUAUUCUGCGAUUUCAACAAUGCCAGUGUAAUAAAGGGAAAGAAUUCAAACACUUGGCUCGUAUUCACCAUGAUCUUUUAUUGCCUAUCCCUAUAAUCAUUGGUACUAUGGAUUUCAAUCCGAAAUGUGAUCGACAAAUAGAGUCGUAUGGUGUAUCGGAGACACAACAAACUCCAAAUCCUUCUAUGGGUUCAGUAUUUUUCAUGCAAUGGCCUAACAGCUAUCAAAUGGGAAGUCUACCUCCAGUAUAUCAAUACUCAAAAGAUCAUCUGGACAUCUACCAGAACGACAGUAUUCACACUGUCUAUCCAACAGAAUUAUUGAAUCCCAAUUCAACAGUACGAUCGAAAUACGGGACAAUGCGGUCGUCGAACCGAAGUAAUAAUACCAGUUUUCAAGAGCAAAAGUUGCUAGACGACGAUGCAGAAGACAAUAAUUAUACCUUGGAAACUGUUUCCCACACCAGUAAGCAGACACCGUCAUUCAGGCGAAAUGACACAGCCAGUGGAAAAAUUAGCAGUCAUUCAAGUGUAACUUUCAACCAGACUAUUAUUGGUGAAGAGCAAGGUAUUUGAAAGCGAUUCACACACACACACACACACUGUAACUGUUCGACGUCUUAAAUGCUUGGGAACACAGCUCUUCUUUGUUUUUAUAAUAAAGAGCAGGAGCAUUCCUUAAUUUUGUCACUGUG